AUGCCGCGUUGGUAUCUAAAAUUAUCAGAGAUUCGCCGGGCUCACGUCAAGCAGUUGAUUGAUGAGGAGCGUGGUAUACUAAAACCCCAGAACGUGAAUCAACGCCGUCGAGGUCGCGGUGCUUGUAAAAACGAAGCGUAUUGGGCUGGUUAUAAUUCCACGGAUAAUAAAGAUAUUUUUGACGGUCGCGAAUAUCUAUUUGCCGAUGGAAAGGGGAAUUUGCGAAUACCCGCCCUUGCGAAUCUUGAUACUGGUCUUAAGGUACAAGGCGGCUUGAUAAUGUCAUCUCACUACGCUAAGGAUAUAAGCCGGUAUCAGGAUAUAUCGCAGGAUUUCGACGACCCAUGUCUAAGGAGUAUCUCAGGGUAUCCGACGCCGGUAAAAGGAAUACUGCGGGAUGUCACAUUCCGGCUAAAAGGAGCAUCUGUGACUUUCAAGAGAGACUUUUUUAUUUGCGAUGCUAUUGAUGGUCUAGCAGAUAUCAUGUUCGGCGCAAACUUUAUAACGAAUCAUUUCAGGGUAUUGUUUGAACGGGUCAAAGAAUGUAUGUUUGCGUCAUGGUUUUCGACCAAAAAAGAAAGCAAAGAAGAAAAAGCGGAAAGGGAGCGCCUUGAGCGUGAUCAGAAAAUAAAGGCUCAUCAACGAGAGAUAGCGCGCUUGCAGAAGGAGCAGUUGAUAUUAGAAGCCGCGCAGAGACAGGGCCAAGCUGCCACCAGUCACCCAUAG